CAGGCGGGCUACUAACCCCGGUGUGGGCGACGCAGUCUCUGCAGUCGCUUCAGCAGCUGGAACCCAGGUCGCAGUCGCCGGGGGCGCUGGCUGCUCGCGCGUGGCUCAGGCGGGCCCGUAGCCAUGGAGGACUUCAUCGUGAUCUCCGACGACAGUGGUUCCGAGAGCUCGGCCGGGACCCGCUCGGGCAGGGCGCGGAGGCUGCGCCGGGCCCUGUCCCGGACCCCCGGCGCGCUGCCCCGCCGAACCGUGGACUUCAUUGACCUAACUAGAGAGACCAGAACAAGGGCAAAAGAUCGUAAUGGACUCUGUGUGAUUGACCUGACAAGAAAUGAGGAAGAAAAUAGACCUAUUGCCACUCUUGAUUUGACUUUAGAACCUGUAGGUUCCUCUCAGAAGGAGGCACCCAGUCUUCAGACGUGUCCCAGUCUUUCAGGCAAAGAGGUGGUAGAAGCCCAUGGAGACAGAGGCUCUCAGCCUGCAGCACCGAGAAUCGUCAACAGUGAUCCUGUAGAUUUGGAUUUGUUGGAGGAAAACAUGUUGGAAGGUUCUCGGCCUCCUACAUCUAUCAACCAGAACUCUGUGUAUCCAUCAGAACCAAACUGUAGCUCGAUCACAUACAAAGGUGACCUCAGCUUCUUGACAAGCCUACAGCUCUCUUCAGAUGUUAGCUCCUUCUCCUCGACAAGCAAUAACAGUAGCAGCAGCAAUCAGAGGGCCUCUUUGCCAUGCCCACAGCAAGAUAUGCCUUGCCAACCACAAGGCUUACUGUGUCCACUACAAGCCUUAUCAUGCCCACUAAGAGCUUCACCAUGUCCACCACGAGCUUCCUCGUGUCCACCACAAGCCUUGUCAUGUCCACCACAAGCCUUGUCAUGCCCAUCACAAACUGUGCAGUGCCAACUCCAAGCUUUGCCUCAUCCUCCUCAAGAAGUGCCAUGCCCUCCUCAAGAAGUGCCAUGCCCUCAGCAGAAUAUGUCAAGCACACGUCAAAACUUAUCGUGGCAUCCUCAACACCCACUAUACCCACCCCAAGACACUCUGGGCCUACCUCAAGAUGUUCCAGGCCAAUCUCAAAACCUGUCUUAUCCACAAGAUAUAACGCAACUGCAAGACAUGGCAUGGUCGCUACAAGACAUGCCACUGUCACUACAAGAUGUGCUGCAGUCACUGCAAGAUGUGCCGCCACUGCUGGGAGAUGUGCCACAGUCACCAGACGUGAUGCAGUUACCAGGGUAUGUGACACACUCAUCAGGAGCUGUGACACACUCAUCAGGAGCUGUGACACACUCAUCAGGAAAUGUGAUGCGGGUACCAGGAGCUGUGACACACUCAUCAGGAGCUGUGACACACUCAUCAGGAGCUGUGACACACUCGUCAGGAAAUGUGACACACUCGUCAGGAAAUGUGACACACUCGUCAGGAAAUGUGACACACUCAUCAGGAAAUGUGACUCACUCAUCAGGAAAUGUGACACACUCAUCAGGAAAUGUGAUUCGGGUAUCAGGAGGUGUGACACCCUCAUCAGGAGCUGUGACACACUCAUCAGGAGCUGUGACACACUCAUCAGGAGGUAUGAUGAAGUCAUCAACAGGUAUAACACAGUCACUAGGAAAUGUGCUGCGGUCAUCAGGAGGUGUGACACAAUCACUAGGAGGUGUACCGCAGUCACUAGGAGGUGUGAUAAAGCUAUCAGGGGUGUCACAGUCCCCAGGAGGUGUGUCGCAGUCAUCAGGAGAUGUGAUGCAGUCACCAGGAAGUAUGUCACAGUCAUCAGAUGUGAUGCAAUCACCAGGAGGUAUGCCACAAUCAUCAGGAGAUGUGAUGUCGUCACCAAGUGUGCCACAGUCAGCUGGAGAUGUGAUAAAAUCACCAGAAGGUACAUCACGGUCAUCAGGAGAUGUGAUGCCGUCACCAGGAGAUGUACCGCAAUCAGCUGAAGAUACACCACCCUUACCAGGAGAUGCGUCGCACUCACCACAAGGGUUAUUGAACUUAGCCAGAGACAAGCCAAAGUCUUCUCCGGAUGAAGUUCAGAAUCAUGACACUCCUAUGGAUAUCUCUGCUCCAUCCUCUCCAAAUUGCUCUGCGAGCCCACUGUCUCCACAGUCUGAAUUUUCCUUAGAAAAAGUCCCUUGGCUGUCUGUCACAGACAGCUUAGCCAGAAAAGAGAGAUCGUUGCCACAGCUUGCCAACCCUGGAUCUGCCCAGAUACAAGGACAAAUACCACAAGUUGGGGUAUACAAUAGACCUUGCCUGCAUAGACUGAAAUACUUCUUACGACCUCCAGUACAUCAUCUCUUCUUCCAGACAUUAAUACCAGAUAAAGACACACGGGAGAGCAAGGGUCAGAAAUUAGAACCCAUCCCUCAUCGAAGACUAAGAAUGGUGACAAACACUAUUGAAGAAAACUUUCCUUUGGGGACUGUGCAGUUUUUAAUGGACUUUGUUUCACCCCAACAUUACCCACCCAGAGAAAUUGUGGCUCACAUCAUCCAGAAAAUCCUGCUCAGUGGCUCUGAGACUGUGGAUGUCCUCAAGGAGGCCUACAUGCUUCUCAUGAAAAUUCAACAGCUGCAUCCAGCCAAUGCCAAGACAGUGGAGUGGGACUGGAAACUGCUCACCUAUGUCAUGGAGGAAGAGGGACAGACUCUGCCUGGACGAGUCCUCUUUCUACGUUACGUAGUGCAGACGCUGGAAGAUGACUUCCAGCAGAUCUUGAGGAGACAGCGGCAGCACCUACAGCAAUCCAUUGCAAACACUGUUCUGUCAUGUGACAAACAGCCUCACAAUGUCAGAGAUGUUAUCAAGUGGCUGGUCAAAGCGGUGACCGAAAACGAAUCAGCGAAGCUCCCAGAUGGUACUCAGUCUUCUUCAGGAACAGGAGUCUUGAAAGCUGGCAGUGACCAUCUGUCUCCCCAGCCUAACCUGACCAGGAACACCAAUCAGCUGAUCGUGUGUCAACUUCAGAGGAUGUUGUCCAUCGCUGUAGAGGUGGACAGGACUCCUACCUGCAGCUCUAAUAAAAUAGCUGAGAUGAUGUUUGGGUUUGUGCUGGACAUCCCUGAGAGGAGUCAGAGGGAGAUGUUCUUCACUACUAUGGAAAGCCACCUUCUGCGCUGCAAAGUGUUAGAGAUCAUAUUCCUGCACAGUUGUGAGACACCCACCCGCCUUCCCUUGUCUCUGGCCCAGGCCCUCUACUUCCUGAACAACUCCACGUCACUGCUCAAGUGUCAGUCAGAUAAAACCCAGUGGCAGACAUGGGAUGAGCUGGUUGAGCAUCUGCAGUUCCUGUUGUCCAGUUACCAGCAUGUGCUGAGAGAGCACCUACGGAGCUCAGUGAUUGAUCGAAAAGACUUGAUCAUCAAAAGAAUCAAACCCAAGCCCCAGCAAGGAGACGACAUCACAGUGGUGGACGUGGAGAAGCAGAUAGAGGCCUUCCGCAGCCGCCUGACCCACAUAUUGGGGGAACCUCUAGUCCCCCAGCUCCAAGACAAAGUGCACUUGUUGAAGCUGCUGCUCUUCUAUGCUGCGGACUUGAACCCCGACACAGAGGCUGCCUCACAGCAUUGAGGCAGCCACACUUGUAAGCACUGAGUACCGAGAAUACCUCCUGACUGUUGCCAGCUACACAGAAGCUCUGAGUGGAAUACCAUAGGACCAAACAUAUCUUAUUUAUCUGUAGGCUCUAAUAACUUUGUAACUCUUCAGUCUAUCUUUUUUUAUAAUCCUUAUCCUCACCUAUUCAAACGUGGCUUAAAUAUACAAGGUGUAUAUAUUUUUUAUUAAAUUAUUUAUCUAUGCUUUUGAAACAGGCAAUACGAUAUUGCACUAUAUGUCCAACAUUUCCAUUCAAGAUGUGAAAGACCCCUUCUGCUAAACCAUCUCCAUCAGUGUUACGUCUGUCAAGAUACUGACGGCCUGUUUCUGGAAAGAGUUUUUCCUGAAUAGAGCACAUUCUAUAUUAGACUUUUCAUAUUGCCUAUAAAUAUGAAUGACUCUGUGGCCAGUUAAUUAAAGCUAAUAAAACAAAGCAGGUAAAGAAACAAAUACUAGAGCCUGUUAAUGAAGCAUCUAAUGUCAAAAAGAUACAACAAAAGGAACUAAGUUUACAAAGUUCCAGCUCCACUAGAGGGCAGGCAGAAUGGACAAGAGAGACCCAGGUUUGAGAAAGUAGUAAAGAUUUUUAUUGUCAAUACAAGAUAACACAAAUAAAUUAAUUUUUACAACAA